AUGUAUAAUCAAGUAGUAAUUCUCAAAGGGAAUACUGGUUCAGGCAAGAGUACUCAACUGGUUCAAUAUUUGGUCGAUGCGGGGUUGGCCGAUCGAGGACAAAUCAUUUGUACUCAACCUCGACGUUUGGCUGCACGACUAUUAGCUUCUCGUGUAGCGGAAGAGUUUGGAUGUCAACUGGGUAAAGAGUGUUAUCAUCUUUACACUUGCGAUACUUACGAAUCAUUGGACCCUUAUGCUCGAGCCGAAAUUCUUUGCAUUCAACCAACUGUAGCUGUGCUCAAACUGAAAUAUCUGAAAGUAGUCGAUGAUUUCUCAAAAUUCGACUGGUUGGAAGCCCCAUCGGCCAAGAGUCUUCAAGAUGCGGUUAGUGCUUUGACCUGGAUCGGUGCUCUUGAUUCACAAACGGGCAAUUUGACUAACUUGGGUCAAGAUAUGGCGAUACUUGGUCUUGAGCCUAUGCUUUCGGCCAUGAUUUUAGCCGGAAAAGACUAUAACUGUUCCAGUUAUACAAUAGCUCUAGCUGCUAUGCUGACUGUAGCACAGAAUAUCUGGUGGCGUGGCAAAGACGAACGAUUAAAACAGCUAAGCAAUGAAAAACGAGCUUUGUUCGUCUCCACUUCAGGUGUUGGCGGUGAUUAUCUUUUACUUUUGCGCAUCUUCUUGGAAUGGAAUGCGUUAGGCAAUAAUAGAGACUUGAAAAGGGACUGGUGUCACAAGUAUAUGAUCAAUGGUAAAUCUCUGAAAAUCGCUAGUGAUUUUAUUCGAGAAACUUCAUCUCAAAUGCGUCAUCAAUUUCAAAUAAAUUCUAAAGAAUUGAAUGACGAUCUACCUGAUCGCAUCAUACGUUGCAUAUGCGCCGGUUUCUUUCAGCAUUUGGCCAUUGCAAAAGACACUGCUCGUGGUAGUUACCAACUUAUAAACAAUAUUACACCUACGACUGCACAACUGCAACCAUGGUCAACGCUCACAUAUACUCAACAGUCGACUAAAUUCGUACUCUAUUUCGAAAUACUCAAUCUGAGCAACACUACUCUUUUGUGUGUAGCAUGUCCAGUUGAAGCGAAAUGGUUGAAUCAACAUUGGCUCAAAUCUAUACCACAAAUAGCUCUGCUGAGUACACUUCAAAGUUAUGAUUUCAAGAAUCUUGGUGUAUCACUCUUGCUUUCCAUAGUCGGCAAGGGUCGUUGGAAACUGCCGGCUCUUGAAAAAUCCCUGCAAGUAACUUUCGAAGUUAAUUAUAAACAAGCGAUGCUCACAAUCUGGGGUCAACCGGACAAACUUGCCGAAGCGAAACGUCAACUUCAACUAAUAAUAGAUCGAGAAAGUGAAAAACUUCGUACCGAAGUACAAGAAUACGAAAUCGUUGUUCGCUAUGUGACCAUGAUUCAGGCCAGUCCAGGUGACAAUUCGGCUUCAGCUACCUAUUUUACAUGUGAUGAUGCUCGACAAGCUGUUACUAGAUUAUCACAUGAAAUAUGGGAUGGACAGGAGAUUAAUGUCAGUCCCAGUUAUGCACGUACGUCGGUCUAUACAACUACACAAAAUUGCAAGUUGAAAGCUCAAUGGUUUAUGACCGAGUCCGAGGGUCGUGGUCGUGUGAAUUUCAACCAAGAACAAGCAGCACAGAAGGCCUGUACAGUGUUCAAAAAUACAAUUUAUCGUGGACGACCGACAAGAGUAGAGUACAAGAAAAAUAUAAAAGAAUCUGGUAAAGACGAGUUAAUAAUCGAACUUUUUGAAUUGCCAUCUGAUAUUGAUGAAGAAGUUCUUCUUGAAGAGCUCAAUCGGCACCGUCUAGCUAAUUUUAUGACAAAUGUGAUUGUAUUUCGCAAGAACCUUCCAUCAGAUAGUCCAUUAGACAAAUUCAACGAGACAGCUGACGAAGACAUUAUGGAUCUAAUGCAGUUCAAAUCUCUUUUCACAGAUCGCCAAAAGUUUAAUUCUGUACCAGAUAUUCAAAUUCAUCCAUGUACUGUGGAUGGUCGUGUCGUUGCGUCUAUUCUCUUCAGUGAUCCUCGUGACGUUAUGACGGCAAUGAACAUGUACAAAAAAGAUACUUCUGAUCCGUUAAAAUUCAAGCAAUUCAAAAUUCAUUUUGUGCCUAACAUUGAUCAUAUCAUUGUACUCAAUGCGGAUUUGGCAAAGGCCAUACCACAUCAAAUUGAGAAAGCUAUUCAGACGAUCCAAGCUGAUCCUCAAUUACCUGAUAUAAGAUUAGUCGAUGAGAUCACCUCCGAAGACAAUCAAGAGAUUAAACAGAAAGCACGUAAUAAUGUUUAUCGAGAAAUCGAUACUUACAUUCAAAAAGUACUUCCUAAACGUGUAUAUUCUAUUUCUAUUAGAAUUCCUGAAGUUUGUGCUCGUCAGUGUUUAGAGAGAUCAAGUGAAAUCUACGAAUUAGGUAAUGAAAAAGCCAAAUCUGUAAUCGGAUUCGACAAGGUGGCUCGUCUUGCAACAAUAGCUUAUCAAAUUCACAUACGCGAACCGAAAAAUGAUCUUGCCCAAUGUGUAGGCAUCGAUUGUAAACAGGUGUAUCGUCCCUCAGAAAAUUCGUCAAUUUAUUUCUGUGAUCAGUGUAUGAAGGUGUAUUGUAUAGGGUGUCAAGUUGAAUAUCAUACAAAUAUGACAUGUAAAGAAUCUCAAGCAGUAAAACAGAAAGAAAAAGAUGCUGCUUUGCUGAAGUAUAAUCUAGGCGAUCUGCCAUACAAGCGUUGUCCAAAAUGUCAAACACUUAUUGAGAAAUAUGCUGGAUGUAAUGCUAUGAAAUGUACGCAAUGUAAUCUAGCCUUUUGCUGGGUAUGUACGUUAACGGAUGAAGAUGAUGUGCAUUUUCACUAUAAUGACAAAAACUUUCCAUGUUACGGCAAAUGUUUCGAUCUCAUGGAUCUUGUGUCAUAA